GCAGCAGUGAGGCAACUAGCCCUGUGUUGGAUAAUAGUCUCACUAACAUCCAGUGGCUGGGGAAGAUGAGAUCUGAUGGGCUAAGUCCACGUCCUGUGAAGCAGGAAAGAGAGAAAGAAAACCGGAUACCUCUGCAGGAAAGAACCAAGACCAAAGAAGAUUCUGCUGCUACUGUUCCUAUCUGUUCCUCUUCCUCCUCCUGGCAGGAUUCAGUAUCAGAACGACCCCCUUACUCCUACAUGGCCAUGAUCCAGUUUGCCAUCAACAGUACUGAGAAGAAACGUAUGACUCUGAAGGACAUCUAUACCUGGAUUGAAGAUCACUUCCCUUAUUUUAAACAUGUGGCUAAGCCAGGUUGGAAG